UCUGCUUAAAAAAAAAAGAAGGCAAAAAAUGAGCGAGAUUGCAGUGCGAAGCAAGCGUGAAUGUGUAAUAUUUUUGCAAAAAAACCUCUGAAAAUUUGUGAAAAAUUGUUCAAAACUACUUUCAAUCGAUAGAGUGUGUAGUAGACUAGACUUUAGAUGUGCAUUUGGCUAGGCACGGUCGGUGGCAACCGUGAUAUAUCUGUCGUUAACUAAUCUGUCCACCAAAAAAAAAGAGCAGCUACCUAAAGUAAAAAGAUUUCUGGAAGUGGGGGGUCAGUAAACGUGUAAAAUUGCACCACAAUCAACAGCUGGAAGCCAUUACAAUUUGUGGUGCAACGCGAAUAUACGCGAGGUAACACAGCAUCAUGAGUGAAAACUGGGUCGGUAAAUCUGUUUCCAUCCAGUGCAGUGGGGACAUCGGAGUGUUCCAGGGUGUAAUCAAGCAGGUUAGCCCAGUAGAAAUUGUGAUAACGAAAGCGGUGCGAAACGGGAUUCCACUUAAGAAGAACAAUGUUGAAGUAACGCUCACCUGUAAGGACAUUGAGAAGCUUGACUUGAUCCCCUGCACAAAUGUGCCAAAUUUAUUUCCUGCCAAAGCGCAGCAGGGCCAGUUCAAUCAGUUGGAAGAGUCGGUGACAGCGGGGGUGGAAAGUCUAAAAAUUUUCAACAAACAACAGAAUGGAGGUCAGUUAGUAGCAGGUCGAAACAAAACGCCAACCAAUGACGUGCGCCAGGUAAAUGGAAAUGGAAAAUUAGCAGCUAAAUCCCCGGGUCCUGUUAAAAACACCAAUGGACAGCAGCAGCAGAAAAAUGGACUCGAAAAUGGGUCAGCCAAAAGUACGAGUCGUCCUAUUGAGAUUAAUGGUGGGGGUAGUAAUUAUCAGAAGGGGAACUCUUUUAUGACCUACAAAAAUGAUAACCAGCAAAAAAAGAAACCUCGCAAUGGGAAUGGUAACGGACAAAACGGAAGUCGCCACACGAAUAAGAAUUCCGCCUUCGGAACUCCGGUGGAUGAUCCGAUGAUGGAUGAGGAGUUCGAUUUCGAAAAGAACCUUGCCCUAUUUGAUAAGCAGGCUAUUUGGGAUGAAAUCGAUGCCAUUCAGCAGAAGCCCGAUUUGGUUCGGCAAACUGUCCAAUCGGCGAAGAAAAAAUAUCGCCACGACGAAAAUGUGCUCGCAUCGGAACCCACACAGUACCGCCAGAUUGAACUGAUUUACACCGCAGCAUCAGCCGCAGAACAGACCGAUGAAUACGUCACUGACGAAGGUCUUGUGAUCCCUUCGAUUCCUCGCAACGCACGUAUUUUAGUUCAGCAGCUAGCAGAAAACCAUGGCCUAACGAUGGAACGCCAGAACGACCUCCUGGCCAGAGGUGCCACCGAACUGGCUCUACAAUUGCUAGGCGGAUCUCGCCGUCUAACACCCAACAAUCAGCACCAGUGGCCGAAGAUUGUGGUAGUCUGUGAUGAACCGUACAAUACGAAUUUAAGUGAGAUUGGCAUCGCGACCGGGCGGAUGCUGGCCUGCCAUGGGCUGAAGGUCGUUGUAUACGUGUCCUGUGCGACUAAGUCGACGCGGACUAGCCACGAGCUGGAGCUAUACGCAGCUACCGGGAAUCUCUUCACGUUCAACGUAAACGCACUUCCAUCAUCAGAUCUCGUCAUUGCUGCGAUCAAAUCGCGCACCCCCAGCGAACCACUGCGCAAGUGGCUGGCAGAAAGCCGGGCCCCGGUACUAGCCAUUGAUCCACCAGCCGGUGGACUUGAGUCGCUGCCAAUCAAAUGCUCACUUCUGCCGAUCUUACCGCUCAACGGCUUGGGACCGGAACCCGCCACCGGUCGGCUGUACCUGUGCAACCUUGGCAUUCCGGAUAAGUUCUUCAUCGAUUCGGGCAUCAAGUACAAAUCUCCUUUCGACAAAGCCGUCAUUCCGAUCCACCGACGAAAGAACUAGACUAGAGCCAUUCAACAAAAAACACAUAUCGCCCCAAUCGAAAGACAACGGACUAGCGCGACGAUCAAGAAGAUUCUACGGUAAAAGGAAAUACGGGAUUUUUGCAUUUUUCAUAAAUGUUGUCCCCCCGUCGGGAAUAAGGGAGAACUUUAGAAUCUAUUUGAGAUGGAUGUUGCUCUACCAUUUUACAGUUUUUUUUAUUUUCACGGACAAAAUGACAACAACGAAUGCGCGCCGGUAAGCGGAACAUACAAAAGCAAAACAAUAAAAAAACGUUUCCUGGAUGUUUAUAAAGUAUGGGGGGACUGUUGCAGACGAAUCACAAUGAAAUAAGUACAAACACUCAAACACAUGCGACGAGCUCCUUUUGGUUUGAUAUAAACUCCUGGAAGCAAAAACA